UAAAAAACGACUCCAAUUUUCGCAAGUGCAUCAAAAUUUGCAGUAAAGCUACGAUUAAAACGAAUUGAAAAAGUAUUGAAAUAAAAGAAGAAAAGGAAACAACAAAACGAAUGUAUUAUUUAUAUAUGUAUAAAUUUAAGCAUAAAUGCACUCAAAAUAAUAUAAUAAUUAAACGAAUAUAAACGAAACAUUAAAUCGGUGUUGGAAAAAUAUUUCCAAUAAGAAUAUAAAAAAUAUUAGAAGAAUUCUUAAUAAUAUCCACGCAUGGCUUAUCCAAGUGACAGAAGGUAUUUUAACAAACAACAAUCAAACGAGCACGCAAAAAGACAACAACAACCACAGCAAUUACAACUUAAAGGGGAGCAGCAAUUGUUACGGCAAAUUAACAGCAAGCGUCAACUCAUACCGAUACUAAAAUAAUAAACAAAUUAAAAGAAACACUAAGUGAAAAAAGACUUUGCUGCUCGUCUACGAUUUGUGCAAUACCACCGGGAGAUACUACUGCACAACAAAAAUAACAAUAAGUAAAUACUACAAACAAAAGUGUUUUUCUUUUUUAUGUUAAAAUUUGCCGUGGUCGGCCUGCCUAAUUUAGCUGAUCGACAGAUUGUGCUGCUAUAGCUAAAGCUAAAUUUUUAUUUGUUUUGCUUUGCGCUGUGCUGCACUGCUGCUGUCUCUGUAUCUCUGUCUGUGAAAGCAUUUAUUAUCUUCAUCCAUAAAGUUUUUCCAUAUUAAAUGCCUGCACGUCAUUAUAACGUCACACAAAUGAUUGCAAUCAGCGAAGAACAACACACAGACAAUAAUAUAAACAAUAGCAUCAGCACAACUUCUGCCUCAAACACAGCUACAGCUACUACCACCUACACAAUAUCAUCUAUAACAACAACCAACAACAAGGCCACUUCUGUCAACAAAACAAAGUCAACAACAACAGCACUUAUAACACCUUAUAACGGCCAUAAUCAUCUUCAUCACCAGCCGCAUCAAUAUCGUCACAAUGUUAUACAAAGCACAGUCAAUACAAAUACAAGCACAACAAACACCACAACUAUGAUCAAGGACAAUGUCGCUCCAUCUUUAAAUGGUGCUGCUGCCAACAUUAUCAGUAACAACAAUCCUAAUAACAAAAAUGGUGCGAAUGAUUCCGAUAUAAUUUUGUCAGAUCAAACAAUUGCAAAUGUACCGAACGCAAUAUCACAGCAACAAGAACCGCCCCCUCCACCGGAAAGCAGUCUAUGGACAGCUUUAUACGAUUAUGAAGCCCAAGGUGAAGACGAAUUAUCACUGCAACGUGGCCAAGUGGUGCUGGUAUUAUCAAUGGAUCCAAACAUAUCGGGCGACGAAGGUUGGUGGAUUGGGAAAAUCGGCGAUAAGGUGGGAAUAUUUCCCAGUAAUUUUGUCACAAAUCAGGAUCCAAUGUUGAUUAAUGUGCCUUCGGCCAUCGGUGAUAUUCAGCCACACGAAAUUGAAUAUGAAGAACUCGAUAUACAAGAAGUUAUUGGUGUGGGCGGUUUUUGUAAGGUGCAUCGUGGCUUCUAUCGUAAUGAGGAGGUGGCUAUUAAAGCGGCCCGACAAACGGCCGACGAAGAUAUGGAAACUAUGCGCGAUAAUGUAUUGCAAGAGGCGAAAUUGUUUUGGGCGCUAAAACAUGAAAAUAUUGUUGCUUUGCGUGGUGUUUGCCUGAAACCGCCGAAAUUAUGCUUGGUUAUGGAAUACGCCCGCGGUGGUAGUUUAAACCGUAUACUGGCCGGUAGAAAAAUACCUCCCGAUGUAUUAGUAAACUGGGCGAUACAAAUAGCUCGAGGCAUGAACUACUUACACAAUGAAGCUCCGAUAUCGGUGAUACAUCGCGAUUUAAAAAGUUCUAAUGUUUUAAUUUUCGAGGCCAUAGAAGGUGAUAAUUUGCACAAAAAAACUUUAAAAAUUACUGAUUUUGGCUUAGCGCGGGAACUGUAUAAUACCACGCGCAUGUCAGCGGCCGGCACUUAUGCCUGGAUGCCUCCGGAAGUGAUAAGUCGUGGCACCUAUUCCAAAUCGUCAGACGUUUGGAGUUAUGGUGUCCUACUAUGGGAACUAAUUACAGGGGAGACACCGUAUAAAGGAUUUGAUUCUUUAUCAGUAGCUUAUGGUGUGGCAGUAAAUACAUUAACUCUGCCCAUACCGAAAACCUGUCCAGAAGCUUGGGGAAAACUCAUGAAAAGCUGCUGGGCGAGUGACCCGCACAAUCGACCAGGUUUUAAAGAUGUUUUACUGAAACUGGAAGAUAUUGCUCGAUCCGGUUUUACUUCAACGCCACAAGAAUCUUUUCACACUAUGCAAGAUGGUUGGAAAAAAGAAAUUGCCGAAGUCUUACACGAAUUGCGCCUGAAAGAAAAGCGUUUUCAAACCAUUGAAGAGGAAUUGCGCAACAAAGAAGAACAAUUGCGACGCAUACAAAUGCAACAACACGAACAAGCAAACAAUUUGAAAAUAUUUGAACAGCAGUUGCGUGCUCGAGAACUUGAAUUAAUGGGUCGUGAAUUGAUAAUAGCACAGAACACGCCAGUGCCGAAUAAGAGACGGGGAAAAUUUAGUAAAGUGCGUUUAAAAGUAAUGAAAAAGGAACCAGUGCAAAUAUCACUUCCAACGGGUUUUCGCCAUACGAUAACCACAAUACGUGAUCAGACUUGCGUACGUACUGAUACACCACCCGGUUCACCAGCUAUAUCUGGUCUAAGGAUAGUCGCACUAUCACCCGACGGUUUUAAGGGUAAAACUUGGGGACCUUCGACUGUACAUCAACGUGAACGUUCCAAUUUACACACAACUCUGCGGUCUCCCGAAUGGCAUGCCAAUGUCAAUACACACUCUUCUUUUAGCAAGAGUGCACCCAAUCUUGAUAAAAAAACUACACGCUUCCAACAGCAACAACAGCAACAACAAAACGGUUGCUCUCAACCGACUUCACCUACUGUACCUCAUUCUUCCGCCACAUACAUUAAAAAUGGCUUCAAUGUACAUCAGCAACAUCCAUCAUCAGGUUACAAUGCCAAAGAUGACUGGUGUUCACCCAUUCCGGCUAUAACCGGCGUUGGACCUAAUCUUCCCAUAAUGUCUCCAAAUCCUUAUGUCCUAAGUCGCUUUACUUCCAAUAUUCCUAUGCCCACUCUGUACGCGGGCGAUGCAGUACGCAAACCCAAAUUAUCGGUAAUCGAAGUUUUACUUUAUAAUAUGGCGGCUUUAUUGGCGGGCGUGGCAGCUGGUUAUGAUGUACGCAUGUCAAACGUCUCACCUUUCCAUCCGACAUUGUUAAGUGAUGUGCCCGCUUUGAAAGCUCCUCUUGAAGUGGAAUUUCCGAAUAUGGUAGAUGAUCGCAGAUUUGCGGCUAAUACUUAUCAUGGUCCAGUCAAACAUAAUAGAACUGUUUUGAACUCUUCAACCUAUGAGCCUAAUGAACAACCUGCACCUCCGACACGUUGCAGCUCUCCAACUAGAGCUUUAACCAAAGAAACGAAAACAAUUAAGGAAUCGCCUCCCGAAUACUUUAAUAAACUUCAACUCCCCCAGCAGCUGCAACAGGCAAAGCAGCCGCAUUUUCAAGCUUCACAAGCAAUAAAAAAAAUGCCAUCUACCAUCUCAACAACGACCACGAGCGGCUUAGGGUCUAAUUUCACUACUAACACAUCAGGCAUGUUAUCUUCUUCGUUGGGUAGCCAAACUCAACCACCUACACCUUCACCGAGGCGAAAAAUUAGCACUUCAUCGUUCACCGAAAAUUUAGAGUAUUCAGAACGGGAAGAUAAUUCGCCAGCUUUAAAGCCUUAUGGAGAAUUUCGCUUGGGUGAUACUGGAGCAAGUGUACCAAUGCCAAUGGCUGGCGGAAGAGUAUCGCCGUUCUAUGGCCACAUGGGCUAUUUGCGGAACGGACCAAGUUUUUCUAAUGAUGGUGGAGCUUAUGGCGCAGGAGCUCAUCGUGCAGGAUAUUUUGGAUCCAAUUAUUUUCCCUAUCGCCCAGAUCAUCAAUUAACGUAUGAACGCGAUUGCAAAUCUUAUCCGGAUUAUUCGUAUGAUUACAAUCACCGUUUACCCAACUACUAUGAUUAUAAUUAUGAACCACCACCACCACCGCCGCCACCGCCAGCACCACAACAAUCACAUCAUCCAACGGCAACGCAAAUGCAAGUACGUACGCCACCUCCUCGUGUCCCUCAAAUGGGAGUUAGUGCUGCUGGGCAUCGACGCACACCUUCGACAAUAUCAAACAGUUCCAAUUUUAAUCAAACCUUUUCUUUGGAUUAUGAUGAAUCUGCACUUCUAUAUGAAUUCAAUAACUAUAAAGGCGAAUAUGGAAUUUAUCGAGAAACUCAGUUACCUACUGGGAUAGUGCCACCACCUACUAAACAAGAACUUUAUAAGAAUUCCCCAAAGGCAACGAAACGUUUUGGAAAUAAUCGAUCAGAACAUACGCCAAUGAAUCGUAUGCGUGAUUAUGAAAAUUUACCCUUUAAUAUGAGUCCUUUACAUAAGCCUAUAUACCAUUAUCGAGGAGUUGAGCCGCUUCAUACUUCCGCCCAUCCUUUUCAGCAAACUACAUCAGCACUUUUAAUACAUGGCACACCUCAACGUUCAGUUUAUACGCGAUCACGCUCCACUCCCAUGAGUCCGAUAAAUAUGCGUACUUCUCCACCAUCACCGGCGCCAGUAGGUCCUCUCAAAGCACCCACACCAUUAAUUUUGCCAGAACGUCCCGACAGUUUGCCGUUUGAUCAAUCACAGUUGGCUUUUACCACUGGCGCGGGCACAAAAUUACGUUCCUCUCUGAAAAAGUACAACAGCGGCAAUUAUAAAACGCCGAAUGGUGCUCCACCGAGUACAGCAGGCAGUACACCCACUAAUCCCACACCACCUGAUUCUCUAACCAGUGAUGAUAGUUCUUAUCUAAGUGCCAAAGAAGGUUCAAUUUCUUCUCAUAGCCGUGUGCGUUUCAGUCCAGAGGCCUAUCUGGAUGCUAGUCCUGGUACCGGUACUACGACCACAUCAGUCAACACCACAGCAGCAGCUGCUGUCACAGCGCAAAAAUUAGCUUUAUACCAACGUUGUGUAACAACACGCAGACAUGCGGGCGACACUUCACCUUCGUCAACAUCCUAGCACGGUGCAGUUAGUGGUAGCGGGGUCACAGGUUUACGUGUACAACUGGCUCGUAGUCCCGGGGCUCCGUGCAGUAGUCUCUCUUUGAAUACGGCAUCUUCGUCUCUAUCAUUAACGUCUCAGUAUUUAUUACAACAAACAAUCAUAUCUCCCUCUUCUUUAACACAACUACCACCACUACUGAUACAGCAACAGCAGCAACAGUUACCUUACCGUUGGUAUUCAGGCGCUAGACGUUCACGUUCAGCUCAGUAUGAAUAUCAGAUGAAUAUGUAAUGUAAAUAUUUAUAUAGAGCAAGAGUGUUGGAAUGUUUGAGGUUUCCACAAUUUAUA